AAAGGACAACAUUUUAAUUAAUUGUAUAUUAAGUUCAUGGAAGAUAAAUUUUUACUAAUGUGGAACGCAAUAAAUUAGUUACGGCAGCAUGGCGGAGUAUACCAGGAAAAGCACCCAGCUAUUGAUGAAGAAUCAAGCUGAGGGAAUCUUGAAGCAUUCCGAGGCAAAAGGUUCAUUUUCGAUAGUUGAGGACUCAUUAGCCGUAAGCGGGAACAACCGCCAGAAUGGCCAAACUCUGGCUCUUACGUUUGGAGCGGAUGGAAAACCUGAGUAUGACGCCAUCGUCAAGCAGGGACUCAGAAAGGGAAAAAUUGUUUACUCAAAACCAGGCGAUCAGCUAGAAAAAUCCUUUACAAAUGAUGAAUUAGCUCGUCCUUCCGAUGAUUCUGUUCAGGAUACGAUUGAAAAAACCAGGGAAGCCCUGCAACUUGCCCUGAGUAAACAGAAUUCUAUCGCUAAACCCGCAUCAGCGGAGCCAGAAAUCUUCAGAUAUACCCCGAGCCAGCAAUCUCAGGCUGGGAUAAAACAGAGAUUAAUUAGAAUGGUAGAAAAGGAAGUGGACCCCUUGGAGCCAUCUCGGUUUCGCCACAAAAAACUUCCUGCAGCUCCACCAUCUCCUCCACCACCAGUUCAACAUUCACCUCCAAGAAAGUUGACAAAGGAAGAUCAAGAAGCCUGGAAAAUCCCACCCUGUGUUAGCAACUGGAAAAACCAGAAGGGGUAUACCAUCCCAAUUGACAAGAGGGUCCAAGCUGAUGGAAGAAGAUUUCAAGAUGUUUACAUCAACGACAAAUUUGCAGCACUGAGUGAAAGUUUAUUUUUAGCUGAACGUACAGCUAGAGAAGAAGUUAGACUUAGAAAUGAGGCCCAGAGGGCUCUCAAGAUACAAGAAGCACAAGAACGUGAGGAGCAGUUGCGUGCUCUUGCCGCAAAGGCUAGAGAAGAAAGAUCUAAAUUAAGCAGAAAUGAUGAGCUACAUUUGGCUGAAGUUGAAAGGAAACGCGAGUUGGAACGUGAAUUACGUCUGGAGAAAGCAGGCAAAAAGAUCAAGGCUGCAUACGAAAGGGAUGCAAAUAGAGAUAUUUCUGAAAAGGUUGCUCUUGGACAACCAAAUCCAUCAAAGGUUACCGACAUAUACGAUUCCAGACUUCUCAAUACCAGUGCUGGACUCGACUCUGGCUUCCAGGCUGGUGAUGAUGAAAGUUAUGGCAUCUAUGACAAACCUCUAUUCGCCGACAGAAGUACUGCAAACAUUUAUACACACAGCAGUGAAAGAUUCAAUCAAUCCGUCGGGGACUCUAUGCAUGUACCCUCGUUUGCCAACGCAAAUAAAAAUGCCCAGAGGACUACCCCCGUUGAAUUUGUCAAGGAUACUUCAGAUCCAUUCGGACUCAAUAGUCUACUAGAUAAAGCAAAUAAAAAAUAA